AUGGCGGCUAUUGCUCGGCAUUUUGCCUUGUGGAAAACAGGUCAACACUUUUACAACACUUCUAUAGCAAGAGGAUUUGGUGUUAGUGCAGUGACGUACUCCAAGAAGAAGAAAAAGUCAACUACAAAAACUGGAGGACAACAGCAACUUCAGUCUGUGGCACAAUCACUUGCUUCGAGAGGGUUCCUGCGAUCCAAUCAGCCCUAUACACCCCCGCCAAAUGUGGCUUCGCAGAUUCAAGAGAUGUCCUCAGAAGCCGGAUAUAGCUCUCCGUCAGCAAUCUUCCCAACUCUCAAUGAUAAAUUCAGUUUCUUAGAAGAUUGCAGGAAGAAAUUCAACUAUUCCGUGCCCAAUUCACUGCUCCAUGAAUUAUCGACUGUUCAGGAUGUGAUUGAGUUCUAUGAGAGUCCGGUAAAUACAACUCUUCCCAUGGAUACCAUCAAAACGGAAGAUUUGCCAGAGAAUCUUCAUAUCCAGAGUGAAUAUGUGAGAUUCCAUCCGGAAGAAGAUACCAUGUUUGGAGGGGUUAGUGCCUUUCCCAAGAGUUCAACCCUAGUCACUGGGGUAAAGUACAGGAAGAAGUACAGAGGUCACAUUGCUAAAACAUCCUGGCCGUAGAAAAAAAUUCAAUAAAGUAGAAAUAAAUGUAAAUAAAUAAAUUGUUUUUUCUUUACCAAAAAAUACCUUCCUAGGACUUCUAAUAAACAAAUAAUAUCAGUA